GCCGUCGAGGCGAGCUCCGUGGAAGCUUGCUGCAGAGCCUAGGUCCGUUAGAGGCGGCGGCGGACAGGCAGCUCUCCGCUCGGCUUGGCCGCGUCGCGCACCUGCGGGCCGGCAGCGGCCAGCGGCCGAGCGGUCUGCGGCAGGGGCAGCGCCGCCGCAGCCAGGGGCGUCGUCACGCUCGCACCCACUGAGGCCGCCGGCGGCGGCGGCUCCGCGGCUCGAGGUCGGCGCGUCAGUGCGGCACCGAGCCACCGUCCCACCGAGGAGGCUGCAGAACCGAACAGCGAACAACGGAAGGGGAGCAGCCGAACAGGCAGGGGAGAGGUUCCAGCUAUGCUCGCCGCGCAGCCGCCGCCACCGCCUGAGGUGGCGGGUGAGGAUGAGAGCAGUUGCCGAGGUGUCUUCAUGGAGUUCAUGACCAAGGUCACUCAGUACGAGGAGCUCGCUGAAUCUGGGGAGCGAUUGCUUGGAAGAUUUCGUGAGGCGCUUGAGUAUUUUCUUAGGCCGCAGAUUCCUAAGGAAUCGGAUGUCAUGAAUCAGAUACUCAAGUCCAACUGCACUGUCAGAAUGAGGUCCUAUAUUGAAGCUGGCUGCAGGCUUCACUGCCAAAACAUCUCAAACAUAAAUCAGCUAAGCUCAUGCGAAGAUAGACUUAAAGAUCAUAUAAAGAAAGUUAAGACUUUGCUUGAAGAGCUUGAAUUUCUAGUCGAGAAUGUCUAUGGCAUCACACUAACAGCCAGUUUAAGUGCUCUGGAAGUUUCAGACAGUCAGUGCUUUGAUAACAUGCCAAGUACUGAUUGCUGCUCCAUGGAGGGUGUUUCUACACAAGAGGAGGAUAAAAGUGCAGAUCAGUUGGACACGGAUGUAUCAUUUGUUACAGUGAUGGUCAUGGUUCGCAACAUGCUGAAGCUUGACUACAUGAUGCAGGAAAAGAUUGUCAGUGCAUUGUCCUUGAAAACACCUUCAUCAGAGCUCGAGGGAUACUGUCUCAUGUGGAAUUUACGGCCAUACAUCGAUGAUGAUGUGAUGCGUCUUGCGUGGAAAAUGUGUCCCUGAAACUUUGGCGUUCGCGAUGGUAGCAAGGGCAAGGGGGUUGAUCAAGCAGGAAGUUGUUGUGCAAGACUCAAACACGAUCCUUUGAACAGCUGGGCAUUGGGUGCUUGGAGUUGUUUCUGCUGGGAUGGAUCAUGGAUGUCUGGUCUGUUCAUGUGUUUGUAGAAGAUAAAGAGAUAUAUUCAGCGUGAUGUAUGCGUGUGUGUUCAUGAUCAUGAUUGUGUACUGGAAGAAACCCAUAGUUUGUCAAAUUGGAAGAUCCCAAAACUGCUUCUGUGUCA